CAGACUACUUUGACGUUUGAGUGUGUUUACUGUUUUUUUGGUUAGUUUGAACGAAAAUAAAUAGACAAAAAGUUACACUGCUCAGCUUCUCAUUAUUUUUGGUAGACAAACAUCAAACAAUGGCAGGAGAAGUAAUUGUUGAUGCUUUACCCUAUAUCGACGAAGGAUACAAUGAAUCUGGAGUUAGGGAUGCCGCCCUUGCUAUGGUUGAAGAAGAAUGUAGAAGGUACAGACCCACGAAAAAUUACUUAGAACAUCUACCACCCCUAAAUAUAUCAUCUUUCGAGACUCAAAUGAUGCGCAAUGAAUUCGAAAGGCUACAAAACAGGAGCCCUAUGGAACAUUUCUCUAUGAAACGUUAUGAACUGCCGCCUCCGCCAAGUGGUAAGGUGAACGAAAUCAGCGCUUGGCAAGAAUGUGUGGAUAACUCUGAAGCCCAACUGAGGCAUCAAGGAGUGCGAAUAAUGAAUUUGAAUUUGAUGAUAGAAUAUUUUUGUCCAACAUGGCAAAGGUUUCUGCAAACUGUAACCGAUACGGAAAAGAUAACUACUGCUAAGGUGGUGGCUCUACGACAGUCCUUACAAGAACUGAACUGGCAGAGGAAGUCUAGUCAAACAAAAGUGGGUGAACAAUUGAAAGAUUUGGAAGCGAAGUGGGUACAAUUAGUCUCUAAAAAUUACAGUAUUGAACAAGCUUGCUGUAUGAUUGAAGAAUAUAUAAAUAAGAUAAAGCAAAAACCAGAAUUAAUGUUGGCAGAAGACAAAGAUAUGGAAAACAUGUUGAAGCCCAUCUGAUUGAUAGGUGAUUUGGAAAGUAAGAUGAAAAAUAAAAAUGCUAAUAUUUACUGAAAAA